UACAACCAAAUCCGCGGCUGCGGAUGACGAUUAUAUACACUAUAACACGCUUUCACAAUUCAGAUUCUCUCUCUCCUGCGCUCUGAGACCUCUGCCUCUUUCGAUUGUUUCAACUUUCAAGCAGGAAAAAUGAUUAAGCUAUUUAAAGUGAAGGAAAAGCAGAGGGAAAUUGCGGAAAAUGCCAAUGGAAAAGCACCUGUCAAGAAGCAGAGUGCGGGAGAAUUACGACUUCAUAAAGAUAUCAGUGAACUGAAUCUACCCAAAACUUGUUGCAUAUCAUUUCCCAAUGGCAAGGAUGACCUGAUGAGCUUUGAGGUUACCAUUCGGCCUGAUGAAGGAUACUAUUUAGGUGGUACAUUCGUGUUCUCUUUCCAAGUUUCUCCCAUCUAUCCUCACGAGGCACCAAAAGUCAAGUGCAAGACAAAGGUCUACCAUCCUAACAUUGACUUGGAAGGAAACGUCUGCCUCAACAUCCUAAGAGAGGACUGGAAACCUGUUCUUAAUAUAAACACUAUAAUUUAUGGAUUGUUUCAUCUUUUCACGCAACCCAAUUACGAAGAUCCGCUCAAUCAUGAUGCUGCUGCUGUGUUGAGGGAUAACCCAAAGAUGUUUGAAUCGAAUGUGAGAAGGGCGAUGGCUGGUGGGUAUGUGGGGCAGACCUUCUUCCCACGGUGCAUGUAGCAGCUGCCUGCAUUUCCAAGCACCAAAUUCUGGUUGGAAGGCUAAAGGGCCUGUAAAUUUGGUCUCGGGCAUCCUUUCCAGUGCGCAACUGUGGUUCUUCACAACCAUACAAGUGGCACUGGACUAUGUUUGUACGCUGGUGUAACGUUGUCAUGUGUUUGCAAUAUCAUCUGGGACUUUUUUCCUUUUUAUUCUGAUGUGGAACAAUUGAGGAUCUUGUCUAUGUAUUUAUUUAUUUAAUUUACCUUUUUUUUUUAUCCUUUUCUGUUUUUGGGGAGGGACUUACCUUUCAUCCUCCCGCAUGGGAAAUUAUAUUCUGGGCUGGUUAUCUUGCCUGCAAUGCUGAACCUAGGCAUUGUGGUUUGGCAUUUGUGCUGGUUGAAAUGAAAAUUUGGAAUAUUGGAUUUUAA